AUCAUAACACCUGUAAAAGUGGUAAGAUUAAUAGUUCGGUGCUGCAAAUUCAGAUAUAAGCCAUAGAUACAUGUAUCAUUACACAUAGUACAUAGAGACGUUCGCUUGGUACUUGCGUGAACCAAUCAUCAAUCUCGUGUGUGCGACAGAUGUUGUUAGUGACAUGGUGUUAUUAUUGAUAACACUCAAGCAUUUACGUUUCAUAUAGGAACAUGAACGGACAAAGGACUGUCACGGUCGCUGCUACAGUAUUCGUUUAUGUUGUCACCACGCUAUUUCUUCUGGAAAUACUGUCGAGCUUGGUUUAUCAUGACCGAAAUGAUUAUGGCACUCGCAGGAAAAGGAUCGUUAAGCAAUGGGACAUGCAAUCCAAACCAAGACAAAAAGCAGAUAUUCCAUACCUCAAUACCAACCAGCCACUCAAGUAUGACAGUGAAAAAUCAUACAUACUUGACUCACUGUUACAAAAACUUUUGAAAACCCACGACAGACCAGGAGAUGACUACUACGGUUUUAAUUUGACGAGAAGUGACGAGAUCUUAGUCACACGAGACGUGAUAGAUGAAAGAUCAGAUGAAUGCAAAAACCGGAAUUUCAACUACGCUUCUCUGCCUACACUAUCAGUCGUCUCUCCAUUCCACAACGAGGCUCUGACGCCAUUUUUACGUCAUGUUCACGCCUUGUUGGCCCGAACUCCGCCACAGCUCCUGAUGGAGGUAAUUCUAGUGGAUGAUAACAGCACCUUUUCAUAUCUAGGUGAAGACCUACAAGAAUAUUUCAGAAUCUUGGAUUCACGAAUUCGAAUAAUACGUAACAAAGAGCGAAAGGGUUUGAUACUUUCAAGACUGCAAGGGGAAGAAGAAGCACGUGGAGAAGUCGUGGUUUUCCUUGAUGCCCAUAUGGAGGUUUGUAAGGGUUGGGCAGAACCACUGCUGGAGAGGAUUAAGAAUCGGCCAGCCAGUGUGGUCCAAGCGUACAUAACUCCAAUAGAUGUCAAUACACUGGCUCUGAAAACGGAUGACAACGUCAAGUACAGGGGCGGAUUUGGAUGGGAUAUGAGGUACAUGUGGUUUCCUCAGCCUUUGUAUGUCAACCAGUUUCUCGAAAACGAUUGGGAACCGUUCCCUACCCCGAUAUUACAAGGAUCCUGUAUCGCCGUCAGAAAGUCCUACUUUAAUGCAGUCGGACGUUUCGAUCCAGGCCUUCAGAUCUGGGGAGGUGAACAAUUCGAUCUUUCCUUUAAUGUCUGGAUGACAGGAGGGAAAAUUGAAACAGUUCCCUGUUCAAAGGUUGGGCACAUAUUUAAAGACAAUAAGUACAGUUUUGGUUCAGAAGACAAGAUAUAUACGAUAACCAAAAAUAGACUCCGCGUAGCUGAGAUAUGGAUGGACGGGUUUAAAGACAUCGUCCGAUCAGCAGUGAUCGGAACUCAUUUUCCAGGGCGUAGCGAAGCUGACUUCAGAUCCCAUUUUCCAUUCUUUACCGAAGCAGAAUUGAAAUCCAUGCAGGAUAGGAAAGCUUUACGAAAGAGGCACAACAGUAAGUCGUUUGCUUGGUUCUUAAAGACUCUCAUGCCUGAACAUAAAAUACCAUCGAGGGAGGAUGUGAAUUCAGGCGAAAUAAGAAACGUAAGGACCAAACACUCGUUUUUCAUCUUUGAAGACGGUUACAUAGGCACAAAAGGAAAUGAGGGUGGCGAGGCUAUUCUUGUUCCAGACAAUACUUUCGCUCUGGAUAAGUAUGGGAGGCUGAAAUAUGAAGACAGAUGUGUUGGAUAUGGUGAGUGGAAUCUUCUGGUGAUCAAAGAGUGUCCAUCUAAGGUUGGCGAGAAAGGAUUUAUGCCAUGGACUUAUGACAAUAAUCAGUUGAUCACUUUCCAUCAGUCAAUGUAUCUUUGUGCUACUCAAGCUAAAUCAAGGAUUCCUAUCCACACAGGACAGGCAGUGGUACAGUUGCAGAUGUGUGAUGAACAAAACGACGAUCAAAGGUGGACGUUUAUGUUUACAUACGGAUGACUUAACACCAUGAGCAAUUCAAACAAUGCUUCUCAUCAAUUUGUAUUCACUUUUAAAUCCUUUGCUUAAAUUUUAACAGAAAACCAUUGCGGAUUUGAAUCAGUGACUAAAAAUAUCCUGUCUCUAACAAAAAAAGCCCACAUCCCUCGAGAGUAUUAAAUGUGCGUCCCUCAUGCAGAUACUUCGUUUGUUUGUUGUUUAACGCCGCACUCAGCAACAUUCCAGUUGUAUGACGGCGAUCUGUCAAUAAUCGAGUCUGAACCAGACAAUCCAGUGAUCAAAUGAGGAUAGCUCGGGUGCCUCAGUUGUCUUAGGCGCUGCGAUUCGC